AUGAUGCGAAAAGAUAAAAAAAGUAGAAAACGACAAGAACAUGUCUUGAAUAUGCUUCCAAGGAAAAAAUUUUAUAGACAAAGAGCACAUUCUAAUGUAUUUUCAGAUCAUAUUUUAGAUUAUCCAGCUAAUCCUUCUAUGAUGGACUGGUCGGUUCAUUUUCCAGAUAUUGAUAAAAAUAAAAAAGUUGAGAUUUUAGAUGUUGGGUGUGGGUUUGGAGGAUUAUUAAUUGCACUUUCAACCCUUUAUUCAGAUACUUUGAUUUUAGGGGUGGAAAUUCGUAUGCAAGUAACACAAUAUGUUCAUGAUAAAAUUAUUGCAUUAAGACAUCAAUUUUCUGAAAAUAAAGCAUAUCGUAAUAUUUCUGUUAUACGUACCAACGCAAUGAAGUUUUUACCAAAUUUUUUUUAUCGGCAUCAACUUUCAAAAAUGUUUUUUUGUUUUCCAGAUCCGCAUUUUAAAAAAUCUAAACAUAAGGCAAGGAUUAUAACAUUUACACUUCUCACUGAAUAUGCUUUCAUUCUUCAGCCUCAGGGCAUUCUCUACACAAUUACAGAUGUAGAAGAUCUUCAUCAUUGGAUGGUAGCUCAUUUAGAUUAUCAUCCAUUGUUUCAACGUUUAUCUCAACAAGAACUUCAUUUGGAUCCUUGUAUUUCUGUUAUGACAUCUCAAACUGAAGAAGCAAAAAAAGUAUCUAGAAACAAUGGUCAAAAAUUCAUAGCUUGUUAUAAGAGAUUAGACGAUAUUUAUUGA